AUGAAUCUGUCGCCCUAUACACCAAUUCAAUUGAAUCCAAACUUUUUAAGAACAGCAUCUCACCUCACGGGAGAUUGGUGUCGAAACAACCAAAAGCUUAUUUUAGCUUGCGAUAUGGACGAGACCUUAUUAACAGAAACUGAAGGAAAACGACAAUUAGUUCUUCGUCCAAGAAUACUUUACAUGCUUCGGAAACUUCAACAAUUUUAUGAACUUUGUCUAGUUACUUAUUCCACAAGAGAUAGAACAGAAGAUAUCCUCCGCCUCAAGCUAGAUCCUGAUGGACGGUUAUUCAAUGGGAGAGUUCUUUGUAGGGAGGAUAUUCUUGCUGGUUUUGCAAAUAAGAGAGAAGCGUUCUUUGCCCAUUUACCACAAAAUAUGAGUAACAAGGGAUUAGUUAAGACUAAACGUUUGAGACCGCAUGCUUGGUCAUAUGUCGUUAUAUUGGAUGAUUUUCCCACAGCUUGGUCGAACUUCACAACGUGUAUUCCAAUCAGACCGUUCGUGGUUAGUUCUCUGGUGAGUGCUUCGGGAAGUUAUGGGGUUAAACAUUCUCCAGGAGAACGCGGUUAUAUAAUGUGUGUAUACAAAUUUUUCGUCAAACUUCAUUCGACAGUUUUCCAGAGUUUUCGAACCAAAGAGGAGAGCGUCAUACGAGUCAAAGGUGAGAAGAUACCCCUGCCUCAAAAGGUCAGCCGUAAUAACUCGGUCACAGCUUUCUCAACUCUGUUUAGCCUCAAAAGGCAAAUCAACUCAGCUCAACGAUUUCUCAACAUGUGUUACGUAGAUCCUGGCCAGCUUUUUAGCGCUGAAACUAACCGGCCUUCAGUCGAAAAAGUGUCAAGAUCACCGUUGCGUCAAUCCGAUUUUAAUGCUAAUUCGAACUUUGGAAGGGGAGAGGCAUAG